AUGGCCAUCACGUCGGUGCAGUCGAUUCUCCCUGCUCGCGUGACAGUUAAUGCAUCCGAGCAGGGAGCGGUCAAGCCUCCGCCCAAGAUCUCCAGUGCGCAAGAUUUCCCUUUCAAGGGCUAUCAGCCCCCGCAGCCAGAGGGCUACGAGCAGAGCAAAUCCAGGCCAAACACGAGCGCUAUCGUCAUCGACAAUGGCUCCCACCUUGUCAAAGCCGGCUGGUCGUUCGACAAGAAUCCGCGUUUCAUAAUACCCCCUGUUAUGAGCCGGUAUCGGGAUCGGAAGUUGAACAAGGCGUGUCAGUUCAUCGGAUAUGAUGCUUACGUUGAUGCUACGACACGAGGACAGCUCCGCUACGCGUUCGACCCUGGUACCAACGUGGUCGGGAACUGGGACGUGAUGGAGGGAGUAUUGGAUUAUCUGUUCAUCAAGUUGGGAAUUGACGGUGCCAAUGGAGGAGUUGACCGGCCGAUUGUGAUGACGGAGCCUAUCGCGAACCUGAAUUAUCCGAGGAAGAUGAUGAACGAAAUCCUGUUCGAGUGCUACUCUGCCCCAUCCGUCGCUUACGGAAUCGAUUCGCUUUUCUCAUAUCGGUAUAAUCGCGGAACGGAUGGUCUGAUUGUGUCUUCGUCACAUACCUCGACUCACGUCAUCCCCGUACUCAACUCGAAGGCUAUCCUGUCUAGUUGUUCACGGCUGAACUGGGGUGGCAUGAAUGCUUCGGAAUACCUGCUGAAACUUAUGCGACUGAAGUACCCCACAUUCCCGGGAAAGAUGACGGAGAACCAAAUGGAGGACCUCGUUCAUAACCACUGCUACGUUUCCAAAGACUACGACCGAGAAUUGAGUGGCUACCUGGAUUGGACAGGGCUGGAGGACCGAGAUCAUGUCGUUCAAUACCCAUACACCGAGCAUAUCGUUCCGGAAAAGACAGAGGAAGAGCUUGCGCGAAUUGCGGAGAGAAAGAAGGAAAGCGGGCGGCGACUACAGGAGCAGGCGGCAAAGAUGAGGCUUGAGAAGUUGAUGAAGAAAGAGCAGGAAUUGGAGUACUACAAGGAUCUGCAGCGCGGUCUUCAGUCAGAGACGAAGAAGGAAAAGACACGCAUCCUGGACGCUGAGGAUCUCAAGGACGAAGCGCACUUGGACCGGCUGAUUCGGGAUCUUGAGCGCUCCAUCAAGCGGUCACGGAACAAGGACCUUGGAAACGAAGAACCCGAGGAGGCACCAGAGGAGAUGACGUUCCCGUUGCUGGAUGUUCCGGACGAGGAGUUAGACGAGGCCGGUUUGAAGGAGAAGCGCCAUCAACGACUGAUGAAGUCAAAUGUCGAAGCUAGGCAGCGCGCUAAGGAGGAGAAGGAGCGCGAACAGGCGCGCCGAGAUGAAGAACAACGCCUUGAUCGUGAGAAACGUGAGAACGAUUUUGAAGGCUGGGUCGCCGAACGGAGGACACAACGUCAGAACAUUCUUCAACGGAUCAAAGAACGCGACCGAUUCAAGGCGGAUCUUGGUAACCGGAAAUCAUUGGCUAGUCAGAUGCGCAUGAAGACGCUCGCCAAUCUCGCAGCCGACGGCCCCAAGAAACGACGGAGAGGCGGAGACGACGAUGAUUUCGGCGCGAACGACGAAGACUGGGGAGUCUACCGUACAGUGGCUACCGGAGAGCAGAGCGAUGACGAGGAAGAGGAAGACCUCGGUGGAAUGCUCGAUAAUGUGGAGAAGGAGCUGCUCGAGUAUGAUCCGGAUUUCACGGAGAAUCACACCCUUGCAGCACAGUCCGACUGGACGAAGAGCCUGAUACACGUUUUCCUGCGCGGCCCCUGGCCAUUCGACCCUGAAAGUCAACGCGAGGCACACCAAAUACACCUGAACGUCGAGAGAAUCCGAGUACCAGAGGUCGUCUUCAAACCGUCGAUUGCCGGGGUUGACCAGGCGGGACUGGUUGAAAUUGCCGCAGACAUCGUUAACCAGCGAUUUUCGAACGCUGACGAACAGUCGAGGUUACUGCGUGAUGUUUUCUUGACCGGCGGCAACACUCUGUUCCAGAACUUUGACGAGCGAUUCCGCAAUGAGUUCCGGGCAUUCCUCCCGCUCGAUGCUCAAUUGGCUGUCCGCCGUGCCUCCGAUCCCGUUCUGGACGCCUGGAAGGGAGCUGCACAAUGGGCGUCUGGGUCCGAGCUGGCGAAAGCAUCUAUCUCGCGAGAGGAGUAUCUGGAAAAGGGCAGCGAAUAUCUCAAGGAGCAUGAUUUGGGCAACGUUACAUCGUGGUGA